GAGUGACGUCACGCUUUUGACAUUCGCACGGAGCGCGUGAUAGAAAGGGUAACGCCAUCCGGAUCGAUAUUUUAAUCUUACGGCUGUCGCUCUUUCUGAUACCGCCAGUGUGUGCGUUUUGUGUUUUAACCAUUAAUUACGACGCUGAAAACGUAAUUGUUUUUGCUCCGUUGUCAGGGGCAACCCGCCAUGUGAUCGUUAGCUUAGCGGCUGCUAACCGUGUGUUGUUUCUCUUUGUAGCUGGCGCAAUAGUCGCUGCAGUCAUGGCUUUCCCCCAGCUUUCAAGGUCUCUUACUGGGCUCCUCGUAGAGACAUCGUCCGUCAUUCGUCAGAGGACUUUUAGUGUGUCCGCCGUCGCAGCAGCCAUUCAAAAGAUGACAAGAGUGCGUGUAGUGGACAACAGCCCGCUUGGAACUACACCAUAUCACCGCGCACCAAGAGUGAUUCAUGUCUACACCAAGAAUGGGGUAGGAAAAGUUGGUGACAAGGUGUUGCUUGCCAUCAAAGGACAGAAAAAGAAGGCGCUCAUCGUUGGACACAAAAUGCCUGGAAAGCCCAUGACUGCGCGCUUCGAUUCAAACAAUGUUGUUCUGAUUGAAGACAACGGGAACCCUACAGGAACAAGGAUUAAGAUCCCUUUACCCACGCAGCUACGUAAAAUGGACGGAGAAUAUUCUAAAGUCCUAGCAAUCGCCAGUACAUUUGUUUAAUACAUCAUUUAACUGUGUUUUUUUGAGAUGUAUAUAAACUGUGUAUUUCAUGUACAUGUUUGCCAGUAAACUUUAAACAGAG